UCAAUAAACCUUGGCUGCGAGCUUUGGAGGUGCCGUUUCUCGACGACCAGCCGAUGAUAGGGCCGCCUGGCUGCACAGGUAGGGACUUGCAGACACUGCGACAUCGACGCUUCGCCCUCGAUCCAGCCACCCUAGUGUUCAAAGAAAGGAUUGAUGGCGGGCUUGACGGCUACGUCUGGAAGGUCUAUUUUGGGGACGCGGGACCCUUUGCUUUGAAGGUGUUCUGGGACGCAGCCCCGCCCGAAUUCUAUCAUUACUACGCGCCACAGCAGGAGUGCCACAACGCCGCCGUCCUCCAGAAGAUGGCGGCAGCCGUGGCGUCUGGGCCGGUUCUGAUUUACAACGCCCCGGAAACCAAGGAAGACGCCCUGAGCAAUUUCUACCCAUAUUCCGACGAGAGCCGCCUGGCACAGAAGUCUGUAGAGAAUCUUGAGACUAUGGAUGGGACUAGGCUUAUAUCGUCGAUCCUACGCAUGGUGCAGUGCCACGGCUGGCUGAGGCUCAGUGGCAGCGUGUUCCCAACACUUCCUCUGAGCCUGAGGCCGCCGUCUAUGAAGGUCGGCAAGAUCCAGAGGUCGAUGUCAUCCAGAAAGGAGUACAUUGCGCUUGUCUACGAGCUGGUCGAAGAUGGCGAGAACCUGCCGGCUGCUGUGGAGGAGGUGGCAGAUUUCUUGUGGUGUGCCGGCUUCAGUCACACGCUUUCGCCUGCGGCACGGAAUUGGAAGAUCGGAGUGCUGGUGAUCUGGGAGAUAUCGUCCACGCUGGCAGUUUUUGGUGGAAGCAACCGCUCUACGGAAUGAGAACGGCAGACAGGAUAUUGUUAAAGUGAUACCAUACCUAGUCAGCCUCACAUUGGCCAACCAUGCGCAACAAUUCUGACGCAGAGGGUGUGAAUUGCACCUGUUCC